AUGGGUGAUGAACCUUCAACACAUGCAACAACUACCGAUUACACACCAUUAAAGAGCUAUGAAAUCGCUUUACUCGAAGAAGUUCACCAAAAAUUUAUCAAUGGGAAAAUAGCUUGCAAACCAACCCAUGCUAUUUAUUCUGAGAUGCAAGCUUUAAUAGGAUCCAAAAAUAGAAGCUCCAAGUAUGUGUAUAACAUAGCUGAAAAAUGCGCGGAUCAAAGUAAAUAUUGGACAUUAUUAGCAUACUUUAACGAUGAAGGAUUCGGUACUCCAAAAAAUCGCCAUUGCGCAUUUCAAUAUUAUAAAAAGGCAGCUGAAUUAGGUGAUCCUAUUGGACAAGAAGGGGCCGGAUUUUCUAAAUUCGAAGCAUUUAGAGACGAUAAAGAAGCACAUGACUGGACUCUAAACGCAGCAAAGGCGGGAAUGGGUUUGGCAGCAUAUAAAUUAUAUUCAGAUUAUGGAUUUGGUCAUAAAGCCGAGAAGAACGAAUUGCUUAGCAUUUAUUGGCUUAAAAGAUCCGCUGAAAUAGGACACCUUGAAGCUCGCCUCGAUUUGGGUGAGAGAUACAAACUUGGGAUUCAAGUUCCGAAAGAUCUACGUAAAUCUUUUUACUGGUAUAAAAGAUCGUUAGAAGUUAAUCCAAAAAAAGCGAUAAUUCUUGCUUUCUGCUAUAUCAGAGGCAAGGGAACCGCUGUGGAUUAUCAUGAAACAUUAAAAUAUUUUCGAUACGCAAAAAAACAUGGGUUACCUGUUAAUCUAAAAGAGCAUGUAUCAUAA